UCCCGGUCCCGAUAGGUGUAUUUUACGAUUUAAGUAUGAGGAAAGUUUGGAGUAUAUGCUGAUUACACAGCACAGUUGCAUCACGGAAGGGGAGCUUCCGUGGGAAUCCGAGGGUGCGAUAAGCUCCGAUCGCUCGAAUGAGGUGUUUGUUUUUGUGUGUUCCCAUCGUUCUCGUGAUGGUCGUUGUGGAUACUGUGGUGCCGUUUUGGUGGAGCUUUUGCGCCAGUCGAUUAGGGCCAAGAAGGGCGAUGAUGAAACCAUUCACGUGUACCCGUGUUCCCACGUUGGAGGGCAUAUCUACGCUGGAAAUGUCUUGAUGUACACAAAUCAUGGAGGCAUAUGCUUUGGCUGCUUUACUGCAGCUCAUGUGGAUGCAUUUGUGGAUUUUCUUAUGGGGGGCGUGGCGGAACUCCCGGCCUCGCUGCAGCAACGUGUUCGGGGCAGAAUUGGCUACACAAAGGUAAACUCCAGGUGCUGCGUCAUGUAG